ACCGCGCCUUUAAAAUUCUCUCUCUUCUGUGUAACCGACUCCGACGGAGCCUCCGCCAUGUUUUUCCUGCAAGUUCAUUCAGUGGACACCGAUCAUCCUCUUACCGUCGGAAAUUCGGCGGACGAAUCUUCAACUACCAGCACGAUUUGGCAACGAAACCAUACAGCUUCUUCUGCCGACGUGAAAUUCAGCGAACGAAGAGGUGUUGUUCACUUAUUCCGAAGCGUUUCGCACUCAUCGUUGCCGAACCCUAGCUCUCAAUCCACGAUCCUCUUUGUUGUUGCUGUUCCAAACUAUCUAUCAUACGAUGAUUUCGUCAGCUUCUGUGGCUCUCGCAUCAACCAUGUCUCCGAGGUUCUCUUCAUUAGGAACGAUGGAGUGGAAGAACGAUAUAGUGUUUUGAUCAAGCUUGUAAAUCAGAUGGAUGCCGAUGGAUUUUUUGGCAAUUUGAAUGGCAGGAAGUUUUCUCCCGCUGAGGCUGAGGUAUGUCAUAUUCUGUUUCUGAUAUCUGUCGAGUACACAGAAUCAGCAGAGGUAGCUGGAUCGCCUCCUGCAGGAUGUACUGAAUUGCCUACUUGCCCUGUUUGCCUGGAGAGACUGGAUCCUGAUACUAGCGGAAUAAUUCGCACACUAUGUGAUCAUUCAUUUCACUGCCCCUGCAUUUCAAAAUGGACUUCCUUAUCUUGUCAGGUCUGUCGAUUCUGUCAGCAACAGGAUGAGAAACUAGCUUGCUUCAUUUGUGGAACUAUGGAAAAUCUCUGGGUGUGCGUGAUAUGUGGCUUUCUAGGAUGUGGAAGGUAUAAGGAAGGGCAUGCAAUCAGGCAUUGGAAAAAUAUGCAUCACUGUUAUUCUCUUGAUUUAAGAACACAACAAAUUUGGGAUUAUGUUGGUGACACUUAUGUUCAUCGCUUGAACCAGUCAAAACUUGAUGGUAAGUUCGGAGAAAUGAAUUCGCACUGUGUGUCACAUGAAGGAGAUUGUGGGACUUGUGAAUAUGAUGAAGAAUCUGGAAUCAAUGAGGCCCUGUACAGCAGUAAAGUUGAAGCAAUUGUGGAUGAGUAUAAUCGCCUUCUUGCGACCCAGCUGGAAACUCAGAGACAACAUUAUGAAUCUCUUCUGGCAGAGGCAAAAAGCAAAAGGGAACUUUCCAUUUCUGAAGCAGUGGAAGAGGCUUUAAUAUCCAAGACUCGGGACAUUCAAGACAAAUUUGAAAAAUGUGUCAAGGAGAAAAAUGCUGUUAUGGAUGUAAAUCACAAGCUCAUCAAGAACCAAGAAAUGUGGCAGACUAAGGCAAAGCAAAUUGAAGAAAGGGAACUUGCUUCAUUGAAGUCAAGGAGCGAGAAAAUACAUGAUUUGGAAGAACAGAUUAGAGAUCUUACCGUCUACAUUGGAGCCCAAAAGACCCUCGAUAACAUAACAGAUUCAGAUGACAUAAAAGGAGGAACGCUCUUGCCUGUUCCUGCAAAAGAAUCUUCCCCCGGCAACAGUAGAAAGAAAAAGGGCGGCCGAAGGCGGAAUUAGAUGACAAUACACACAUGCAGGUCGGGUCGGAUGCAUGUUCUUGAAUUCUCACAGGUUCUUCUUGUAAACAUUUUGCUUGAAUUUAUCUAUUUAGUUCAUAUCCCCAACAAAAAGUUUGAUCGACUGAAAUCUUUGAUUUGUUUCACAUGUAAAGCGAAGGUAUAUGAUAGCUGUACUAUAGGGUAUAUACUUUAGGUACUGGUCAAAAUUUUCUGGCAGUUAACAAUUGCCAUUUUUUCUAGGUUGCUUUUUGGUUGACAUUUUAUUAGGUUUAGUCAUAUUUACUAUUUAGACACAAAGUCAAUGGGUUGGAGAAUUGUUAAGACUAUCUCCACAUAGGAACAUCGGGUUUUUUUCAAAUUUAGUCUCUAAACUUCUAAGAGUUUCA